UUAAAUGUGAUUCAUUGUGAAUCAUCUGUUCAGUUCAGUACAUCUUCAAUAUUAAUUCAUCUAAAAUAAUACGUGUAUAAGGAUACUUACCCUAGAUCCUCCAUUGAAACACAGUGUACUUGGAACGUAUAAAACUCUAGAAAUUUGUUGAAUCGUAACGACCCGAGAAUUAAAGCAAGCUAGGCUAUCGAAUUAAUCAAUUAUUAUUGUAUUAUAUUAAAAUAACCAAUAAUUAUCAGACAUUCUGAAGUAUCUUGCGCCAAAGUGAUUUUGAAACUUCCGGACAUGCUUCACGUGGAGCGACUCUUCAUCCUCCCGCUGCUGCUUCCUGUCAUGUUGGACGCCUUUGGUGCUACCUAUCCUGGAAGCUUCUACGGGAUGCUGCUACGUCUGGGCCAAGCCCGGGACCGUAAGCUGGCCCGCACGGCGCCCUCUCCCGCUCGUAUCUGGGCCUACCACGACCCUCACUUCUCUGGCCACGACUCGGUUUACGACAGAGCCACAGAAGAAGCGCGCGGCAUGUCACCAAAAAAACACCAGGCUCCGACCAUCCACAAGCCUGCUCGUCUUCGUUACAAUUCUAAGAGUGAUGCCGUCUACUCGCAGAAAAACAAGCCCAUCGUUGCCUCUUCGAUAAAGUCGGUUAAUGGAGGCCAUCAUGUUAUUGGGACGAAUUUUAAGGACCUGCCCGAAAUAUUAAUGAAGCCUGUCUACAAAAAUUCUUCUGCCACCUUCGGAGCUGAUGCGAAUCAUUUUUCUGACAACUUUUUAAAUUAUACCAAUGUUGGAGAAAGCGGCGCUAACGUUGGAGGAAACUCUGUAGAUGUUUUAGGGAGCGGAGGCAAUGUUGCAGGAACCGCAGCUAAUAUUGGGGGAAGCGGUGCCAAUGUUGUAGAAAUCGGAGCCCAAGUUGGAGGAACCGAAGUCAAAGUUGGAGAAACCGGAGCCAAAGUUGGAGGAACGGACGUCAAAGUUGGUGGAACCGAAGUCAAAGUUGGAGGAACCGAAGGCAAAAUUGGAGGAAGCAAAGUCAAAGUUGGUGGAACCGAAGUCAAAGUUGGAGGAACCGUAGCCAAUUUUGGAUACAGCGGUGAGGAUAAUGCUGAACGUUGGAACAAUGCAGCGUCGUCGCCCGCAAUGCGGCUCAGCCUCGAUAACGUGGCAGCAAAUGGGUUGGGUUUGGCCCUGAAUAAGGACUUGAUAUCAUCAACUUCUUCUUUCACUGUACCAAACAAAUCGACGUUGGAGAGAGCUGACUUGAUGUCAACCAUUUCCAGGCCCCCUGUAAUCUUUGAAGCAAUUCCUGCCACAGGAAUUGCUUCUCAAAAAUCAGGAAAUUUUUCAACGAAUGUAAAACCUUCGGACAUUUCAUUUUCUGUGCCUGAAUUCCCUAUCAACAUCUCUAAGCGGCAAAAUCAAAAGGAAGAGAAAAUAAAAUUCUCAAACCAGCUGAUGCACGACCGCCGAGAAGUGCCAAUUUUUCAUCCCCUUCGACCAACUUUAAGUCCCUCCGAUAUACAAAAACGAAAUGAAUUCUAUGAGAAAUUCAAGCAAGAACAAGCUAUUCAACUCAAACAAGCAACCGAUGAAGCACAAAUGAAAGUUACCUCGAGCAGCAGCGUGCCUGUAGGCGACCAAGACGAUACGAGUGCAGAAUUGCAAGUUGCAAAAACUAACAUCAUCAACGAACAAAUAAAUCAAAAUAAUUCCCGGAACUUAGAGAAUCAAAUUCUGAAAAAGAGGUUGAAAAUAAAUGAUGAUAAUUUUGUUCGUAAUGACGUAGAGAAUGGCGAAUCAGAUGAAUACGACCAGCUAAUGUACUUGCAGGAACUGAAAGAAAAUCAAAAGCAGCUCAUCGAAAUUAAAAACAAAACUUUUCACUUCUCGCACAGCGGAAGCAUUAAUAAGACUCUAGUGAAUAAAGAUUCAACUAACAAGCAUGGUAAUAUCAACCAUGAAGUUUAUGGGCCUAUUAUAAACAAAGAUCCAUCAGAAUCCUUGAGCAUCCACUCCAAUGCGUUUGAACGUGACGUUGAUAGCCUUUCCGAAGACACAUCGACCAACAUUAAAACUUUACGCCGGCAGAACUUGCACGUUCCCCAGAGCUUCAUAAAUUCUGUCCCGAUUACCAAGAAGGAAGUUCCAAAUCGUCCUAACACAAACUCGCAUUUAGUUUCUCCAACUGACGGUAUUGACAAGGAAUCGUGGAUUCAACGUAAGCAGCUGCAAUCUUUGAGCGCGUUGCAGCAAGACUCGCUGCAACAGUUGGUGCUGCAUCGGCAGCGCAUUGCUUUGCAGCAUUUGCAGCGUAAUGGUCAACCCCAAGACGAUGGCGUGUUGCCCAUCAAACCCUUCCUCAAGGGCAGUUGGUACAGACGAGCAGAAGACGCUGAGCAGACCAACCCUCUACCUGGCGACGACAUUACGGACAACUCGGUGGAUCUCCCUGAUACGAACGAGUGUGGAGGACAGUUCCUAUUCGAGUUGGACCCCGUCAAGUUCUCGGCGCACCCCCACGAGCGCGCCUUCUUUAGGAGCCUCCACACUCCGGGCUACGGCUCCAGGCGCCCUUACCAGGCCGGCCUCGUCUGCUCCUGGACCGUCCAGAUCGGGCCUAGCUGCGAGUAUGGCAUGCUGGUCUACUCCCUCGCCCCGAGCUUCAUCAGGCGCUCCCACGCCUGUUCUGAAGACCAUCUAGACGUGGUCUAUAACGGAGACAGAGUGAGCAGGUACUGCGGCCCCUUGUCACGUCAGCAGAAGGUGUCGGGGGCACAAAUAUGGUCGACGUCAGUCCCGAAGAACCUGACGCUGGUCUUCAGGUCCGCCCCUCGCAGGAGGAAGAUAAGCUCCGAACACAACUGGGGGGUCGGCGUCGAUGUCGCUGCUUUUUGCUGGGGAUAUUCCGACGCCUUCAAGAAGCAGCUGGCGGCCUUGAAAGAAACUAACUACAUAAUUACACCGACUUCAACUUCAAAACCAAUAUUGACGACAGGUUUGAUCUCCGCCACCGAUAAUUUCACGGAAGAAGUACCUACAGCAACAAAAGCCGAAAAUGUAGCAAUCGAAGAAUCUAAAUUACCUGAGGCUAUUUUGAAUGUUCAAUUCACUGAUGACUUUGACUUCUCUACAGCGAGUUCUACAUCGCCAACUACACCCUCUACAAAACAAACCUCUACACAAGUUACGCCACUUGUCGUUUUAUCGGAAGACCCCAACGCUGAAACAACUCACCAGAAUCCAGGUGACUCAACAGAUUCUAUUGAAGCUUCGAAGGUAUCGUUAACAACUUCUAGUUCGCUUACAACAACAUCAGCAAGCACUGGAGUUUCUAAGGAGCCGAACAUUGUCGAAAAUCUAGCCAACAGUUCAGGUCAUCAUAAAGCUCCUACACCGCCAAAAGUGACGGAUGCAGUCGUCACUAUUCUGGAGACGGCACCGCAAGCAUCCCACAUAUCACACACUAUUCAGGCUCACACAGUCCCCAUCGAUAAAAUUCAACACAUACCCAUUCAUGUGUUCGAAAACCAAACUCCUUUGCCACAUUCCUCUAUGGACUUAGCUACUGCAGCUGACUUAUUCGACACGACUUACGUCAAUAUCAACACGAAUUUCGUACAAUUCCCACCAUCGACGAAUACUUCGAUCAAGACUGGAUCCAUCGAUAAUAAUCAACCUAUCCAUUUUGGCAGUGAAGCUACGACUGAGUCGACAAACGUGAUUAAGAUCACCGUCGAUUACUCUCAUGGUGAUAAGGUCCCAAUCAAAGAACUGGCCGCUGAUUCGUUUUCGACGGCAAUCGACUUGACGACCCUGAGUAGCGUGUUAGAGGUAGAGGGGAACACUCUGCCUGAAAUUUCAGAUGUUCUAAAUCAAAAUGAAAAUUAUAAUGUAAAGGGUGAGCAGGAUGAGACAAUCAACUUUGAGUCUGGCACUCAUAUUGUUGCAGCAGUUCCCACGGUAUUCACGAUGAAAACAAAGGUAAAUGCGACUUCCUACUUGGCAGAAGAUCUUGCUAGUACCGGCCUUGGUUCCACAGUAACGUCAACUGAUGAGUUGGAUUUAAUAUCAACAUCUCAGAGCGGAGGCUCUCUACUCGCUACGCCGAAUUCGCCUGAUUCCAUAAUUAAUUCAUCUAACGAAGUUGCUCAAUAUGAUGCUGUUGUUAUUGAGGGACAAGGCCCAGGUACCGAGGCUUCGACUUCUCACCACACUGAGUCAUCGGAAUCAAUGGCCACCGUGCCCGAAUAUUCGAAGCACACUUAUGCGAAUAUUAAUGAUACUAAAGCAACUGCAGCAAAAACUCCGACGAGGAUCGUAUCAGUAAUUGUGCCAACUGAGCAAUUCUUUGACGCUCAGCACCACACACAUGCGUCAACUGUCCCGGUAGUGAAAGAAAAUGCACCACAAAUUCACAAAAUCACCACCGUUUUUACAGCGAACGCUUUAAAUGUCCCUAAAAACCCUGAUGAAGGUAUCGUUCAUAACGAAGUAACUAAUGCCAUAGAGAGAUUUGAAGGUGUCACUCCUGAGGUCAACAAUGAAGAUAAACUUGAUUCGUAUGAAUUCGGUGCGCAGAUUUCAAAUAUAUCGGAAUUAAUCCAUGUAGGCACAUCUCAGACAAGCGUUGUGAACUCUGACCUUGACCCUGACCUCGAACUGAACAAAACUACCGAAACAACCGCUGACCAUCUCGAGAUAAUCGACGCAACUAGAAAAACUGAUGUCGAGAACAGCGCGGAAGCAAUCAAAAUAAAAAAUCACGAUACUAUCCCAAUCAGAGUGAGUAACAAGAGAGUAAACAGGAGGGAUCCUGAUCGCGUAUUGCGCGGCACCAUGCACGGCAGAGGUCCUUUGCCGGGGCUCCUUUUCGACAGUCACAGGUUUCGUCGAUUCCCGUGGUGAGACGAAACGAUAAAUGCCCCAUGAAUAUAAGAUUCAUUCAUGUUUUAUUUUAUUGCUAAUGCAUUCUGAAGUAGGACGAGAUGACUGUUUAUAGAUCAGCCUUACCUGCUUACUUUAUUUUACGUAUUCUGAGAAAGCCUCUUUCGUACUACUACUGGAGCGAUGAAUGCCUGGAAUUUUAUUUGGGAAUUGUACGAUCAAUGUCAAGAAAAUAGUUUAAGAUUCCCUGCGUAAUUCUCAUCUAAUUUUUGGCUCACCUAUGCGAAGACAGGCAUCUGCCAUACGAACUCUGUAAUCAUUAAAUCUCGGAACAGAAGUUUGCAUUCAAAAUAGUGCAUUCCUAUCAAAAUGAGGGUAUUUGAGGCUUAUAAAGAAAUGUGUGUCCGACAAUCUGGGUUGAAAGACUCCUUGCUGUAUGUAUGUCAGCGCUGAUGAAAGUUAUGCCGACUCAUUGGAUGAUUCGCUUAAUUAUACUUAAUUAUAAUUAUUCUCCAUGCAAAGACUUCAUUCCGAGGUUUUAGUAUACAGUUCUCUUAUUAUAAGCUGACAGCCAAUUAAAACUCAAUGUGCUGGAUUUGUUUAGGAAUUUUAUGAUUAAAUUACUGUUACGAAUUUUAUGAAUAAAUUCUGUUUGUUAGCAUAGAUUAUUUUUAGAGGCAACAUAAACUCGACGAUUUGGGGUUUUGCUUCGAACAUUUACGGAAGCUAUAUUUCAUAUAGGAAAUACUCCGAGAAAAUUGUUGUAACAAACUAUUUUUCAUGAUAGUAACGUUUAAAAAAAUACGAUGGAAAUUUUCAUAAUUAUAUUUUCAGUUUCAUCGUCAUUUGUUUUGCUUUAAUUAUUCCAUGGAAACGAUAAGAUUUGAAGAUUCCGUGGUAACAUUAAUAGAUCCCUAGAAAUUUGAUUGAGAAUAAUUUAAUUCACGCGCUUAUUAAUAUGUAAAUUCCUUCUAAACUUGUACAAUAUCCCCAAGGGACGCAGAUGUUAUCGUCUAGAUUUUGGAUCUUGCAAAGCAAGAGCAUCUGCUGCAUUAUUGAACUGUCGUAUUUUCAAACAUCAAGCAAGGAUAGUUCUGGAGCCAAUGUCUCCUCAGAAUUAUUUAGAGCAAAUACUCGAGAAUUUCGACGUCUCACGAGAAUUUGAUCAGGUAUUUAUUCGAUCAUAUCGUCGUUAUGUUGUAUGUCCUUGUGAAGUGUAUAUAGCGUUCUCGCUUCAGUCGUGGACACGAUAAUAAUAGUUAAUUAUUGUGGAAAAUAGGAUUUAUUUCUUAAGUUAGAAAAACUUUUAUCCAGAUCUGUAUGAACAUUUAACGACAUCAAAGAUGCUUACACAAGAUCUUUAAUUAAAUUUAAAAAAGUUUCAUUUCCAGAUUUAAUAAAAAAGUUUAAUUUGGAAAUGGUCUGGGUUAUGUA